AAGAAAUUAAUUUGAUUAGCAAUGACAAGUGUCAAAUUAAUGAAAAUGAAUAUAGGUAUAGUAGUGAAAGCAAAAAUAAUUAUAUUAAUAAUAACAAAUAUAAUAAUAGUGAUGAUGAUGAUGAUUAUGCUAGUAAAAAUAGUAAUUUUGAUAUUAGCAAUGAUAAGGAUGGCUAUUACAAUGAGAAGAAACUGAUUAUGUUAAUAAAUGAAGCUAAGUAUCAUAAGUAA